AUGGCUUCGUCGUUGAACCGAUCCUUGCUUCGUUCGGCAGCGAUCGCUAGCCGAUCGUACGCUUCUACCUCCACAGCGACGCCGCUGCGCUUCGCCGUCGCUGCUCCUUCCACCACCCUGUACAGCGCACGUCUUUUCUCAUCUUCGAUCGCACGUUCGCUCGCCACCCCUCAGACCGGCCCUACACACGUCGCCUCGCAAAACCCACCAUCACCAGAGAUCGUCAAGACUGCCACCUACGACGCUUCGAAGGCCCAGCACCAGGUUCGCGAUGCACCCGUCUACCCAGACUACUCCAAGGGUCCUUCGGCGCUAGACAAGGCCGGUCAGCUCUUCUUCUUCACCGAGAUCCUCCGCGGCAUGUGGAUCGUGCUCGAAAACUUCUUCCGCCCACCUUACACCAUCAUGUACCCCUUCGAGAAGGGCCCGCUUAGCCCGCGUUUCCGUGGCGAACACGCACUUCGUCGAUACCCUACGGGCGAAGAGCGUUGCAUCGCCUGCAAGCUUUGCGAGGCCAUCUGCCCCGCUCAGGCCAUCACCAUCGAAUCCGAACCACGCGAGGAUGGCGCACGAAGGACUACCAGGUACGACAUCGACAUGACCAAGUGCAUCUACUGCGGUUUCUGCCAGGAGGCUUGCCCUGUCGACGCUAUCGUCGAGACGCAGAACACCGAGUACUCGACCGAGACGCGCGAGGAGCUGCUGUACAACAAGGAGAAGCUGUUGGCCAACGGUGAUCGCGCAGAGGCUGAGAUCGCCGCCAACAUCUAUGCUGACCACCUCCAGCGUUAA